AUGGUAGUGCCAUCAAAGACUAACAAACACUGCAUCUGCAUAUCAUCUUUCCACCCCUUCUUUCUCUUUAUCCUUGUCAAUUUCAUAACCUCUACAGCAAGGAACGAUGACACUUUCACGCCAUCUUGCUCACUCGGCUAUGAAACCACUCCAAAUAGUGUCUUUCAAAGGAAUCUCAAAACUCUUUUAUCAUAUUUAUCUUCCAACGCUACUGCCAACAAAGAAUUCUACAACACCACAGUAAUAGACAAAAACAACUCCUCCAACACAGUCUAUGGUUUAUUUAUGUGCAACGGUGAUGUACCUGCUCAUCUAUGUGGUCAGUGUGUCACAAAUGCGACCAGUUACAACUUAUCUUCAUACCAGAACAUUGAUUGUUCCUUGUCCAACGAGGUUACGAUAAUGAAUGACGAUUGCAUGGUACGAUAUUCCAACAACUCUUUCAUCACUGUUGACUUAAGUCUACAUUCUGAGUCCUGCCACUUUAUCAUAAUGUCAAACCAAGCAACAUUCAAGUUUUCAGUUUCUGAAACAUUGAAUGGAGUGGCAGAUGAGGCAGCCAGUUCUUCAAUUGGCGUCAAGAAGUAUGCAACAAAAGAAGUAGCUUUAUCUGAAAUUCAAACCAUUUAUUCUCAAGCUCAGUGCACACCGAACCUUUCGCCACUAGAUUGUCGGAAAUGUCUGAAUACAACCAUAACAGAUUUUCUUGACAUUUGUGAAUAUGAGAAUAACGUAAUAAGAGCAGGAUACUCUCGAGCAUACAGCUGUUACAUCAGAACUGAUGUGUACCCUUUUUAUCGCCCUAGUAAUGCUACAACCCCACAAGAACUCAUUCCAGCUUCCAAUACAAUUGAUUCAAAAUACUCACAACAACCUUCUUAUCUUUCCCACAAUUGUUCAAGCAAAACCAUGAACUAUGAUUUUCAAUCACAUCUCACAACAUUAUUCUCUUCUUUGUCUUCAAAUGCCAUCAAAUAUAGUUUUUUCAACAUGUCUGUGGACACAGCCCAUGGCCUUUUUAUGUGUCGUGGUGAUAUAUCCCUCUCCCCUGCCCUGUGUCAGUUAUGUGUCCAAGAUGCAAUCAAAAGAAUAUCAUCAGAAUGCCCUUCCUCCAAAGAAGCUGUAAUUUGGUACGAUAAAUGCUUACUCCGUUAUUCCUAUCACUCUCUCCAUUCAGAUAUUGAUACAGCCGCGCCUAAAUUUCACCAAUUCAAUAUUGCCAACACUUCUCACCUCAACAUGCUGCAAAGCUUCACUAAUUGGAAACUAGCAGAUAUUUUAUCUGAAGUGCCAAAUUUGGAGACAGGAGAUAGUAGUAUAAAGAAUUAUGAAACAAGAUCGGAAAAAUUGAAUGAUCAUCAAACCAUUUACACUCUUGCUCAAUGUACACCAGAUCUGUCUGAUGGGAAAUGUCGCUAUUGCUUGCAAACCAUUUUCGAAAACGAAAUUCCUUGGAAUAGUUUGGCAAGUCCAGAGGGGAGAAUUCUAUAUCAAAGCUGCUAUAUGAUGUUUGGCUUGUCCCAAUUCUACAACAAUGGUGAUGAACCAGAGGAGUUAGGGCAUGUUAAUCCUCCUCCAACUAAAGAAAAUGAAAAAAGAAAGACGCGAACGAUCAUAAUUGUUGUCCCUACCAUCCUUUCAACAUUACUGCUAACAUUUUCCUGCUAUUUAUUAAGGAAAAGAGCAAGAAAGAGCAGUUAUAAAACCUUAAUUCUAAGAAAAAAUUUCGGUCACGAAAGUACCACUUUGAAGGGUUUGCAAUUCGAAAUGACCGAAAUUAAAACAGCAACAAACAGCUUUUCACAUGAAAACAAAAUUGGCGAAGGUGGAUUUGGACAAGUUUACAAGGGAAUUCUUUCUGAUGGAAGACACGUAGCGGUUAAGAGGCUCUCAUCAAGUUCAAAUCAAGGCAUAAUUGAGUUCAAGAAUGAAAUUUUAUUGAUAGCCAAGUUACAACAUAUAAAUCUUGUGGCAUUAAUAGGUUUUUGCCUAGAAGACCAAGAGAAGAUUCUUAUUUAUGAAUAUGUGUCAAAUGGGAGCCUUGAUUACUUUUUAUUUGAUACUCAACAACAAUGUUUAAACUGGGAUGCACGUUACAAAAUUAUAGAAGGCACGGCUUUAGGAAUUCUUUAUUUGCAUGAAUAUUCUCGUCUCAAAGUCAUACAUCGUGAUCUUAAACCAAGUAAUGUUCUAUUAGAUGAAAAUAUGAAUCCUAAAAUAUCAGAUUUUGGCAUGGCUAGAAUGGUUCAAAUAAAUCAGGACCGUGGACAUACAAACAGAAUAGCUGGAACAUGGGGUUACAUGCCUCCAGAGUAUGCAAUGCAUGGACAAUUUUCAGAGAAGUCAGACGUUUUCAGUUUUGGUGUUAUUAUUUUAGAGAUUAUUACUGGAAAAAGAAAUAUAAGUCCUUGUGAUCCAGAUCAUGUUGCUGAAGGCCUCACAAGUUAUGUAUGGAGACAGUGGAAAAAUGAAACACCAUCUAUCGUAUUGGAUUCAAAAAUAGAAAAUUAUUCUCUUAUUGAAGUUAUUAAGUGCAUACAAAUUGGUUUGUUAUGUGUUCAAGAAAAUCCAAAUGUCAGACCAACAAUGUCAACGGUUGUUUCAUAUCUCAACAGUCAUUCACCAGAAUUGCCAUCACCACAAGAACCAGCAUUUUUCAUACACAGCAGAAUGAAUCAAGAAGUAACAGCUCAAAUGGAAUCAAGUUCUACCAAUAACUUUGAAGCAUUUUCUGUUAACGAGAUGUAUAUAAGUGAAUUUUAUCCUCGACGAUAG